AAUCGCGCGCGACAAUUGCGCGGGAAACCAACGCGGCAACGUCGUCGAAUACGCGCGCUUUUUCCGUUGCAUUCUCUCCAAACUGCCGCGUCGUAAAUACAUCGCAGAAGUCCGUUGUCCAUAGUUGUUUGUCGUCGUGCUCAAAAACAUAAACGUAUUUCUUCUGUGCCACGGCAAAAGAGAAUCUCGUAACCGUCGAUUGUCGUUCGCACGGCACCUACAAGAGUUACUCGGUGAAUCGUUCGAGCAGUCUGAAAACACGGCUACGAAAACGAGAAGCCAGUCGUCAAAGAUGUCACAACCAUCCGUAGCCUCGUACUUUACUACGAGGAAGCGGCGGGCCAGCGAGGAACUCAGGGCCAAAUCGAAGGUUCUAAUCCUCGACGACAAUGGUAGAAAGGAAGUAAUGCCUAUCAUCCCUGAAGGACAAAUUACUAAGGUUGAGCAGAUUCCAGCUAAAAGUAUGACAAAGGUGCCGAUAAAGAAAGAGAUGGUCGUGCGAAACUUACAAUUCGACUUGUGCAACAACAAAACUACGAAGCCAAUAACCAGCAAACCACGAGCAACGCGAACGCGCAAAGUCGUCGAAGAUACUCGUCAACCGGAUAUACGCGAAACUCUACUUAAAGUCAACAAAGAAAUUGAAGAAAACAAGAACGUGGUAUUUCAAAAACUUGGCUCUCUUAGCCCGAAAAAAAUUCAAAAACGUGUCACAAGAGCCACAAAAUCCAAACCGAUAAUCGAACCCAAUUUUGUCAGCGAGCCAACAAUCUGUAAAACUCCCACGAAGUCAUUGCCAAUGAAAACAAUGAGUCUCGAUGAAGUCAAGACAAAAAUCACUUGUAGUUCAAGACUCGCAGAGUUACGAGCGAGGAUCAAUAAAUUCAAAAACUGCGAGGGCAAACUAGAAAAACUCGAAAAUAAGUUGCAGGAAAAGAGACUCGAGUCAAAGGCAAAUGAAAAUCGAAUAAAGAUCAAAGAAUUCGAGCGGAUUGAACUUGAGAUACCAGUUAGCCCGCAAAAGACACCCAGAAAAUUCACAACUCCUACUAAAACUAUUCAUCUCUCACCAAAAGCCAGUCCCGCAAGAAGAUUGCUAUUCGAGCCUAAAGAAGUACCAGCCAGUCCAGUUAAGAGUAGUCCUACGAAGGUACCGGCUUAUCAGAAAUACCAGUCGCUCGUCGAUAUUGAAGGCAAAGCUUUGCCUCUGCCCUACAAGUAUAGAUUUCUGGUGGAGGUCUUUAGAAGCGUUGAUACCGUUGCCGCGAUACUCUACAAUCGUAGAGAAAUUAUUACUUUUGCCAAACUCAAGCCUGCUGUACAGGAACUUAUGCGGCGUAAUUUUACAGUCGAACACCUAGCACAGAUCAAGAGUGUAUACCCACAGGCUUACACCUUCACACAAGAGAAGUUACGUAGCUUUGGCACAGGUGCACCGGACAGAUACGAGCUAGUUAUCACGCCCAUGAUCGUGAACAAUCAAGAACAUAGCGGUCGUAAUACUCCUGACGAGGACAACGUUCUCAAAUCCGCCCUAGAAACAAACAUGAGCCCAAGUGUUUUACUCGAUCGCAGGCGGAAAUUAUACAACAUCUUACUGUCGAUUGUCAAAGAAGAGCACGAGAAGUUCCUACUUGAUCUUGAUCCGCCUAUGAGAAUAUCCAAGGAGAUGAUUACGCGAUGGCAUCCAGAAUUUGAUGUUGAAAGCUGUCGUGAGAUCGAGAGAGCUAAAUUGCCACAACCUCCUGUUCAAGAAAAAGCCAGCACGGCUAAAGAGGUACUUGAAAAGGCUAAUAAGAUGCUGAACGGUAAUUCCAGAAUGAUGAAGGCUGUCGAGAUGCUGGCCGGCGGACAGACUCAAACGGUAGCCAAUGUUGCGCAAACGACAGGUACAACAGAACAAGCAGGCAAGAUGCCAUAUAACGUAGAAAUUUCAAUUGUGGAUACACCACCAGCAACUCCUCAAACUCAAAAACCAACCUGUACGCCGCUUCUCAAUGGCAUUCCUAUGUCACUCUUGGAAAAAAUUCGUGUAAAACAAGCACAAAAAGCAUUAGAAAUGAUGACGAGGUCGACAGAAGCAAACAAAGAUGCAGUGAUGUAUGCAAGACUACCGGAAAUGGCGAAGAUUGUCCGCAACAUCUUCGUUGGAGAGAAGAAAAAUGUGUUAUUACUCGAGCACGUAGUGAAAAAACUUGACGAUUCGUAUCGUACUAAACUUACUCCUAUAGAGCUCGAGCAACACAUUAAGUUACUUUGCAAAUUAUUACCUCUUUGGGCGACGUUACAUGUGGUCAGAAAAAUCGAUUACCUUAAAUUGGCCAAGGACUUUGAUAUGACCAAAGUUAUCAAAAGACUGGAGGUUCUGGCGAAUGAAAAGGCUUGAUAGAUCGAAAUUAAUGUUAGUUUUUAAGUUUAGAAUUCUAAUGCAAAAUCUUAAGUGAUUUGCUUAAACCGAACUGAAAUAUUAUAUUGAGUAAACUUAUUUGGAGUUGUAGUGUGUUAAAUCGAAUUUUGUUAGUUUUCGUCGCAUUGUUUUUCACACAAAUCUGAAACGUGGAAUUCCUUUUGUUGAAUUUCAGUUGUACAUUGGAAGCAUAAAUUUCGUAUUGCAAAUGAAAGUACGUUAUGAUUGAUAUUUCAUGGUUAUUGAAUAAUACUGCGAUGAAAAUACUUUGAUAAAGACAUUACAAGAUAAUCUAGAAUCUUAUUUUUAAACGAAACUCAUUGUAUAAAACUUUUUGCAUGGUACAAAGUUCGAUAAUAUAUCUUUCUAUGUAAUAUGAAAAAAAAUUUUAUGUUUACGUUAACGUACUUUUUUUACAUUGUAAUGCGUAUCGUUGUACUAUGAAUGCCGGGAAACAAUUUUUUUGACAGCUUUAGAAGCAAUAUAUCCGAUUUAUUUAUUUAUUUUUUCUGAAAAGCAUGAGGUGACGCAUAUAUAUUAUUUUGUUGUGAGCAAUAUACAAUAAAUAAUGAUUGAUUUUGUACUAAAUUUGUUGAUAAUAUACAACAAAAAAUAAAUAUAAGAAAAUUGAUGUAUAUAAAAUUCA